UGGGAGGUCUGUUGGGGGAGAUAGAGGUGCGGAGUCUGUGGCUCAUCGCUUCACUGUGCGAACCAAAAAAGUUGCGAGCCGAGCUGUGGAUCAACUCCUCUCUGGGUCGUGGCUCCCCGUGCGUAAUUGCGCGCCUCCGCCGGUUCCGAACCCCGCACGCAGCGAGGCUUUUGUGCCAUCUCUUCGUCCCACCGCCAUGGACGGGGAUAGCAGCGCGUUGCCCGACCUGAAGGAUAUAGAGACCAAGCUGGGUCGCAAAGUGCCGGACAGUCUCAUUCGCUCUCUCGUUGGAGGAAAACAUCACGAGAAGUCCGCGCCGCCGCAUUUAUCCAACUACAACAAGUGCUGUGCCAACUCUGGAGACUUGAAGCGACUGGAGAGCAAAAUGCAAUUCCUCAAGCAAGAAAUGGCCCACCUACGAGCCAUCGACGUGAAGCUGAUGCAGCAGCUCAUGUCCAUCAACGAGGGCAUCGAGUCCAUCCGCUGGAUCAUCGAGGACAAGGGGGGCGCCGCCAGCCAGGACGGCAGCCUGACGGGCAGCCUGUACAGCCUGUCGGACAGCCAGGACGGCACGUCGCUGCGCGGCAGCUUCAACAGCCUGAACGACGCUAACAGCGACGACCUGGACGGCCUGUCGGUCGGCAGCUACCUGGACACGCUAGCGGAGGAUCUCCCCGAGGACCCGUCGCCCACGGACCUCGAGUGCUUCGUGGAGAAAACUGUAAUCGACGGCGACGCCUUCACCAAGUCGCCGCUGAAACUCCGAGUAGAGUCGGACGAGUACUACUGCUUUGGAUAACGAUGCCGAGCUAAACGCGGCGUUCAAAGACUAAAGUUGUCGUGUUGUUUUUUCCCCCACACGCAUCACAUUUUUUCUAAUAUCUUACCAAAUAAGUAAUUUUGAUCUUAACGUUGAAACCAGCGUCCUCACGUUGCCGAUUUGACACACCUCAUCAAACCUUCGCCACUUGCUACAGCCACACUACUACGUUUCAAAUGUUAUAACUCUGCUACUGAAGGGGCUGUCGCUGGAAAACCAUGAAGUAGACACUUGCAACCUCGUGCUGAUUGGGUCCUUUGGAGUCGCGAUAUAGCCUUCGCUGAUUCGUCGGCUCCAACCCUCUUCUGGAAGAAAAACCACCGCCAUUAGCCUCGGCGACCAGUGAAGAACUCAACAUGGGUUAUCAUGGCUGAACUCUUUGCCAUCCACUGUUUUUAAAUCCUGCAUUUUACAAUGAUACUACUGCCUUCAUGUGUAGGAGACGAUCACUAAGCUUUCCUGUUUACACCGACAUGCACAUGCCCUGUGUGCAUGUGACAUAAGUUUUCAGGUGUGUCAGUUUAAACAGGGAUUAAAACUGAUAUGGAGCCAAGACACAUGUGUGGACAGAGAUCGGUUUUCAAAAGAAAACGUAUCGGUGUGGAUGUUCGCCUUAAUGUCCAAAUGCAAGUUAACAUGCUGUAACUGUCCCUUUAUGUCUUAAUUUUCUUUUAAUAAUUCAGAUUGAUUAAACCAAAAAAGGUGCAGAGAGAGACCGGAAGUUAGCUAAUACCUCAGGAGUUUAUUUUCCUCCUAGCCGAGGGCGGAUUGAAGCAGUUUCCUUCUCGACCUGUGGACCAUUCGAUUGGUGUGAUCGUGCCGUGACGUCCACCGCAAUCACCAGAUCUGAGUCAAGAAGCAGAUUAAGAUUUAGCAGCCAUUUGGAAAAUUGGACAUCUCGCGCCGAGCAACUCGAGAGCCUCCGAGUGGCAAAGUGGUCGGUUCAAGUGUUAACAGCAAGUGCAAUUUGUUCCAACGCCAAACGCCCGAGCACCGCCUACUGUGUGUGUGUGAAGCUUUUCAUUGUUUUUCACUUCAUUGUUUCUGACUGAUGCAAGUCCCCUAAGCCGAGCCGCGGCACUCGGCAAGUGGAGAAUUCACGACAAGGAGUCUUACACAAGGGAGAUUAGUUGCACAUUGAAAAAGCACAGAUGCUUGACUGAAGAAAAAAACAAAACACAAAGCAGUUUCAUUGUCUUGAUAGAUCAUUCAGGCCUGAGGCAGAAACCCCUGUUAACACCAGAUGGGAGAUUUGCUGAUGGCGGACAGAAGAGAAACACAUGUUUGCUUUGUGGGCACAUUUUUAAAUUCACGGUUGUGCAAAAAAAGGUUUACUGAGAGCUUUACACCGCUGUGCUUAAGUGUGUUGUUUUGGGUUUUUAACUCCCAAAUGUGUUGAUUUGUGUGUAUUUGUAAUGCUGCCUGUUUUGGAAAUGGCUUUAUUGACUGCUGAUGAUUUUUUCUGUUGUCAGAAAUGAAAUAAUAAUAUAUUGUAAAUCGUCUCUCGGCUCGAAUUGUGUUACAUUGUGAAUGCAAAGAAACGCACGAGAUCCCCAACUGAA